AAACACUUGAGGAGUGUGCAGCCAAUCGUCAGCUCGAGCCCGCAAGACUCCGCCAAGCCUGGAAGUGGGAGGGAGGACUUUGGGAAGCAAAACAUGGCGAAAUAACAAGUUUGGCUGUUAGCUACAGUUGUAAGAACUGCACCGCCCCCCGCAGCGUUGGACCAGAAACACGGUUUUAUUUAAAAUUUCGGACGCCGGGUGGGGGAAAGCGACGCUUAACUUGAGGGAGUCGAGGGCCCCGGCUGACGAGUGUGUUACGUUGGCUGGUGAGAACGCUGCCUGCCUGCCUGCGUGUGUUUCGCCCCGGAAGGUUGGCAGUGCUGGGCGCAACUGACUUGACAACACGAGAAAACGGACGAAGGAGGAAAGUUUUUCGUGGGGGGAGACAGUUUAGUCUGGUUAGCUUAGCCGCGUUAGCUGGCCGCUCGGCGUUCGUCCGAUCGUGCGCACCUGACUCGGUGGUUCUCGUGCGCUCGAAUUUGAGGAAUAUUUAAGUCGCGGUAACAAGUUUGACAACUGCAGCCGCGACGAAUCGCGUUUCGAACGAGGCCAAAACAAUCAAUUUCCGGGACCUGUUCCAUAUUCAUACAGUGGGAGGACAUUUUCCCGGGCUGAUAAGGAGAGCCUGACAGUUCUGGUGCGGACGGACCCGGACGCCAUCACAUCAGACGUUGCGUUCUCCUUAAGAAAAACAAAACAACCACUGCGUUGCCUCGCCAUAAAUCUGAUCUAUCCCAGCAGCCUAACAGGGAACCUCUCAGCGGAACACCAUCCGUCUCCGAUAGAUUGUUUUAUUCAGAUUUUCCGCGACAUUAACGUUUUCUUCAGUGGCUGUGAUGUUGUGCAGCAGCGGAGACGCGGCGCCUCGUCAAAAUGAACGCAGCAAGGUGUUCAACAACAACAGUGGAGGUGCAUUGCAUUGAAAAGCUGCCAGUGGCCGGAGCGGUGCCGAUGCUAGACGUGACGAUUACUGUCUGUGGAAAUCUCCCGUGGAGGUUGAACGUGUUUUGAGCCGAUAUCACCGCCCGGGCUUUCUUCACAGCGACUGCGGAGAACAGCAUAGCUCCGCAGCCGGAGUUUGACGUUAGCUAGCCCGCUGGGUGCGACUGUGGUGCCUUCUAUCUGCGAUGUGGUUGCUAAUCUGAGAGCCACCGCGUUGUUUGCUUUAUAUAUAUAUAUAUUAUUUUCUUUCGCAGGACAAGCCCCGUCAGGCUUGUCCAAACACCCAGUCUCGAUUUUUCCGCUCCACUUCUUGUCAAAUAAGUGGCUAACUUGUUAGCAAACAUAACAAGUUUCCAGCUAUGUCUGAAAACGCCCCCACACGAAGCCUGGAUGACAUCGACCUCGCAGCUCUGAGGGAUCCAGCAGGAAUCUUUGAGCUGGUCGAGGUUGUCGGCAAUGGGACAUAUGGGCAGGUGUACAAGGGCCGUCACGUGAAGACGGGCCAGCUGGCUGCCAUCAAGGUGAUGGAUGUUACUGAGGAGGAAGAAGAGGAAAUCAAAGCAGAAAUCAACAUGCUGAAGAAAUACAGCCACCACCGCAACAUAGCCACGUACUACGGUGCCUUUGUGAAGAAGAGUCCACCAGGACACGAUGACCAACUAUGGCUGGUGAUGGAGUUCUGUGGGGCGGGAUCGGUAACUGACCUGGUUAAAAACACAAAGGGUAGCUCUCUGAAGGAGGACUGGAUUGCUUACAUCUGCAGAGAGAUCCUAAGGGGCCUUUCUCACCUCCACGCCCAUAAAGUCAUCCACAGAGACAUCAAGGGCCAGAAUGUGCUGCUGACUGAGAACGCAGAGGUCAAACUUGUUGAUUUUGGGGUGAGUGCUCAGUUGGACAGGACCGUCGGGCGUAGGAACACCUUCAUUGGGACACCUUACUGGAUGGCACCAGAGGUCAUUGCCUGUGAUGAGAAUCCUGACUCCACCUACGAUUACAGGAGUGAUAUCUGGUCCUUGGGGAUCACAGCUAUUGAGAUGGCAGAGGGAGCUCCUCCCCUGUGUGACAUGCACCCGAUGAGAGCCCUCUUCCUGAUUCCUAGGAAUCCCCCUCCAAAACUUAAAUCCAAAAAAUGGUCCAAGAAAUUCAUUGACUUUAUCGAGGGCUGUCUUGUGAAGACGUAUACCAGUAGACCAUCCACAGAACAGCUGCUCAAGCACUCCUUCAUCAGGGACCAGCCCACUGAGCGCCAGGUUCGAAUUCAGCUCAAAGACCACAUUGACCGCACGCGCAAGAAAAGGGGGGAGAAAGAAGAGACAGAGUAUGAGUACAGUGGUAGUGAUGAAGAGGAUGAAAACCGUGGAGAAGACCGCGAGUCAAGUUCAAUCCUCAAUGUACCCGGUGAGUCCACCCUGAGGCGGGACUUCCAGCGAUUGCAGCAGGAGAACAAAGAGCGCUCAGAGGCUCACAAGAGGCAGCAGGCCCAACUGGCUGCUCAGCGCCGGGACCCCGAGGAACACAAGAGGCAACUGUUGCAUGACAGACAGAAACGCAUCGAGGAGCAGAAGGAACAGCGCCGCAGACUUGAAGAGCAACAGAGAAAAGAGCGAGAGAUGGUGAGGCAGCAAGAUAAAGGUCCCCACCGGAGACUCGACGAUAUGAGACGGGAGGAAGACAGAAGGCUGGCUGAGAGGGAGCAGGAGUUCAUCAGACAUAAAUUAGAAGAAGAGCAACGACAGUUAGAAAUCCUUCAACAGCAGUUGCUUCAGGAGCAGGCACUGCUUAUGGAGUAUAAGCGUAAGCAGCUGGAGGAGCAGCGUCAGUCAGAGCGUCUCCAGAGGCAGCUGCAGCAGGAGCAUGCCUACCUGGUGUCUCUGCAACAACAGCAGCAAGAAAAGAAGCCCCAGCUCUACCACUACAACAAAAACCUGGAGUCCAACAACAAACCCACUUGGGCUCGUGAGGUGGAGGAGAGAAGUAAACUCAACAGACAGGGCUCUCCAAAAAUCUGCACCACUGUCUCUGACACUGCCAUCCAGUCACGCUCAGACUCUAUCAGCCAGUCAGGAGUGGUCCAGUCUGCUCAGACUCCACCGAUGCAGAGGCCUGUUGAACCCCAAGGAGGACAGGGCAAGUUCCAGAUGGCUCACUUGGUUCCUCUGAAGCCUUAUGCUGCCCCUGUUCCUCGCUCCCAGUCCCUCUGCGACCAACCUACUAAGACCAUGUCCGCCUUCCCCACCCAGGAUCCCUCACUCACCCCCAGCCCCCGCCCCAUCCACUCUAGAGAGUUGGUGCGUCAAAACUCUGACCCCACUUCUGAAACCCCCGUACCACAGGCACAUCAAAUCAGAGAGGAUCGUGGGCCCUGGAUCCGCCUGCCAGAUGUGGAACUCCCACCCAAGGUUCCCCAAAGGACAGCGUCUAUUGCCACAGCUCUCAACACCAACCUCACCUCUGGCAUAAGACAUCCAGUAAGAGCCAGUAAUCCAGAUCUCAGCCGCAAUGAUCGCUGGGAGAGAGGAGACAGUAUGAGCAUCAUUUCCAAUCUGCCCCUGACUGGCUCUCUUGAGAGGCAUCGCAUUCUCAGUUCCUCCAAAAUGGAAUCGCCCAUUCUCUCGCACGAUAGCCGCCAUAAGCCAGGGGAGUCCCGCACCUCCUCCCGCCCCGGGCGUCCUGCUGACCAUGGUCUCUUUGCCAAGGAGCGAGCUGAGGAGCAGCCAAGGCCACCAGUCAAGGCCAACGACUACUCCUCUUCUUCUGAGAGCAGCGAGAGCAGUGAGGAGAGUGAGAGUGGCGAGGGACCAGAGGAGGAAGAAAGCCCCACAGAUCGUCACAGGGAUGCAGACACCGAUUCAGUCAACACAAUGGUGGUUCAUGAAAUCGAAGGCGAGGUGGGAGAUGGAGAGCAAGCUGGUGGCUAUGGGGAUCAGACCAUGCUGGUGCAGAGGACCCCAGAGAAGCGGAGCCAUAAUGGAUACACUAACUUGCCUGAUGUGGUGCAGCCCUCCCACUCCCCCACUGAAACAGCCAGUCACUCUUCCCCUGGGAAAGACUCUGUUUAUGAUUAUCAGUCCAGAGGUUUAGUUAAAGCAUCUGGCAAGUCCUCCUUCACCACCUUUGUGGAUCUGGGCAUGUACCAUUCACCAGGAGGAGCAGGGGAUAACAUGUCUAUCACCGGCUCCAGGUUUGAGCAGCUUAAGAUGGAGGUGAGAAAAGGAUCCAUGGUGAAUGUCAAUCCGACCAACACACGUCCUCCCAAUGACACACCUGAGAUCCGCAAGUACAAGAAGAGAUUCAACGCUGAGAUCCUGUGUGCUGCACUUUGGGGUGUGAACCUAUUGGUGGGCACAGAGAACGGUUUGAAGCUGCUGGACCGUAGCGGUCAGGGCAAGGUUUACCCCCUCAUCAACUCCCGCAGGUUCCAGCAGAUGGACGUCCUGGAGGGCCUCAACCUGCUCAUCACUAUAUCAGGAAAGAAAAACAAGGUGCGUGUCUAUUACCUGGCCUGGCUGAGGAAUAAGAUCCUCCACAAUGACCCUGAGGUGGAGAAAAAGCAAGGCUGGACUACUGUGGGCGAGAUGGAGGGCUGCGUGCACUACAAAGUGGUGAAAUACGAGAGGAUAAAGUUCCUGGUGAUCGCUCUGAAGAAUGCGGUGGAAGUGUAUGCUUGGGCGCCCAAACCUUAUCACAAAUUCAUGGCCUUCAAGUCUUUCGCAGACCUCCCACACAGGCCCGUCCUGGUUGACCUAACAGUGGAAGAGGGUCAAAGGUUGAAGGUCAUUUAUGGCUCUUGUGCUGGUUUCCAUGCCAUUGACGUGGACUCUGGAAACAACUAUGACAUUUACAUCCCUGUGCAUGUAAGUUGUGGUCAGUUGUCAGAAAGCUGUUUUUUUUGUCUGUGUUUUUGGGGGGGGGCAGAUGUGAAACCAACAGGAGCUCAACUCUUCUAUUUUAAUCUCACACAGAUUCAGAGCCACGUGUUACCACACGCAAUUGUGUUCCUGCCCAGCUCAGAUGGCAUGGAGAUGCUGCUGUGCUAUGAGGAUGAGGGCGUCUAUGUCAACACCUAUGGACGCAUCAUCAAGGACGUGGUCCUGCAAUGGGGCGAGAUGCCCACAUCUGUUGCUCAUAUCUGCUCCAAUCAGAUCAUGGGCUGGGGAGAAAAGGCCAUAGAGAUCCGCUCAGUGGAGACUGGACACCUGGAUGGUGUGUUCAUGCACAAAAGAGCUCAGAGACUGAAGUUCCUUUGUGAGAGAAAUGACAAGGUAUUUUUUGCAUCGGUGCGAUCUGGAGGCAGCAGCCAGGUGUACUUCAUGACCUUGAACAGGAACUGCAUCAUGAACUGGUGAAGGAAGUUCCGCUCUGGUCAGCGCGUGGAACCGCUCGGGGUUUGAAGAACGAAGUGCAUCUGAAAUUCUCAAACGCAUGCACGCAAUUGUGAACACAUCGCUCGCUUUCUCUCCAGCUCGCUAUCACCCAUGCAGUCUUGCUCCAAAGACACAUAGACAAACACACAAACACAAACACAAAUAAUAUCUAAAUUCAUUCCAGCCUACACUAUUUAAGAUACAGUUUCUAUUGAGGCCCCCUGAUAACAUUCUCUGCGGAAUCAUCAUGUAAAGUCACUGAUGAGCUGCAGAUGUUAACACCAUCUAUUGAUUUGUAAUGUAUAUACUCCCGUCUUGAUCUGUUUUAUUUGGUGGACCUGUGUUCAGUCGUAUCUAUUUAGUUCCAUAUCGUGAAGUAUGUUUAAAAAGACAUUCCUUGAUGGUUCUACCGUACAUUUUUAAGAAGGCAUUAUUUACCAAUACUGAAUAUUGAAAUGAAGCUGUAAAUAUAUAGCACCUGACACUUAGAUCUGAAUCAUUUGCAGGCCUCUAUUGCUCAAAUAAUAAAAUGGUGGAGCUUCCCUCUGCAGUGGCCUGUGGAUCCCCCUGUUGUUUUGGGGGGUUUACAACUUCAGGAAGACCUAAAGGAAGGAUUUAGUACAAAACAUAUAACGAAGGCACAUAAAAGUCAGGAUGAAGUAGCUCUUUCUAUCAUAGACUGUAUCCUGAAGUCCUGCUCCUUAGCUUUUUGUUUGGCCCGAAUGGCAAAUUAUGUUGCAGCUCUUAAUCACGGCUUGAAUGCCUCAAUAGCAAAUUUUAUUUCUUUUAAAAACAAAUAAAUAAUAAUAAAAAAAAAAAAAUCAAGUCUCAAAAAUGCUCUCGUCAGUAUUUCUCUGGUUUAGAUGAAACCAUUCAUUAUUUGACUGAUCUGGCUUGUAUUUAAACCUUUGUAGAUUUACAAAAUACAAACAAUUUGAUAUUUAUAUGUAGUGGUAAUGUAUUGGUAUUAGCUUACUGGUAUUCUUAAUUUUACUGUAAUUAUAUUGCCAUUAUAUUGCAAUAUAUUCUAUUCUUGUGGAGUGUUUGUUUGAGGAGGAGAGUUUGUGUGUUCUGGCUUGUGGCAUUCUGCGAGUAUGAUGACAACUUUUGGGACGUUAGCCGCAAAAGGAAGAAGUUGGAGAAACAUGGAAGCAUAGGGCCACUGAGAUUAUAGUGAUGAAGGGAGGUUGUUUUCAGGGUCCUGUCGCCCUCUUACCACACUGAUCUACUCUACUGUAUUAUAUUUCAGUUCUUAGACCUUUUUUUUUUCACUAGUGUGUUGUUGUUUUUUUGUGUGAGAAGUGUCCAGGGGAUGAUGGUGGAACAGCUCAUAGUGCGAAAAGGUCUUAUUUGUGGUGGGCCAGUGGAAAGAUUUAAUGUUAAGAGCUGCACCAACACAGAGGAUUCCAUCUCAUCGGGCGCUUUGGCUGGAACACAUGAAACUUACUAUUUUUCAUAUUUAUAGAUUCUGCCAAAGUUCACAGCAUAAUCAGAAACGGAAGGUAUGAACCAAGACAAAAGGCAAGAGAGUUUGAAUUGGCAUCUAGAUAUUUGAGAAGAGACUUUUCCCACAGAUCACUAAACAUUGUUUUCCUUUCAAUGUAUAGAUCUAAAGAGUCAGCUGGCUUUCCACAAAUAUUAUGGUAUCAUGGUUUAUUAGCUGCUUGUAAUUUCUUAUAGAUCUUUACUCUGUGUUUGUUAGUAGUGCAUAGGGUGCCCCUCCAUGUUUAGGGGAGUUAACUCGGCUUUGUUUAGGCAGCUGCAUGAGGGAGGUACCAUGUUCUCAUACACCGGGUAGAAGUAUGCGGCAGCCGUAUCAGGAAGUAGCCUGGUGGAAUUCUGUUGGCAGGGGGUAGGUCAACACAUGAGGCAAAGCUUAUUUUGUUCAGGGAUUUGUGCUACCACAGCAAUUUGGUAUGAACACAUAGACAUCUCCCUAAUUCGAGGGUUAUUUUGUUUCUAUCUUCAUUCUAGAGCACAGUUUGAGAGCUAGCCUUAGUGAUUCCACUUUCAGAUUUUGUAAUGCUCAAAACCCUGCACUCACACUCAAAUGGCCCCUUCUUAGAUUUGCUCUGCUUGUGCUCGAACCGUGCACUUGCACUCAAAUUGUGUUGCUCGGACAGAUUUCCUGCACUCUACACUUUUUUGUGCAACAAAUCUGUCAAAAUUCCCCAACCAAAAGAAUAGCAGGUGUAUAGUUUAUAAAUAAUAAUCAUCCCUUCCUCGUUUUGCGUCCUUUAUUCUUACUUCUUUGAGAGUCCAGUACUGGUGGUUACUUUAACCGGGCUCAUGCAGUCCCAUCCUCCUCGGCCUUAUUAUUACAUCGGCUUCCUGUCUGUUUGCUUGACAGGAAAACAAAACCUUCAAUUGUCAGGACUAAACCUGGCAUUUUAUUGGUUUGGGAAUUUUGACAGACUUCCAAGCCCAGAAGAAAAAUGCUGAAUGCAGGAAAAAAUGUCCAAGCCACAAAAUAUUUGAGUUAAGCUCACAAUCUGAGCACAAAUGGGGGUUAUUUGAGUGCGGGUGCAGGAUUUUGAGUACAAGCAUAAACAAAUCUGAACAUCAAAUUAUUUAGACCACAUUCUUGAAUAAAGACAGGGAAAAAAAGAACAUCUGUUUCGUUGAUGUCAAAUGCGACUGUUUUGUGAAUAUGCCAGUACGAGAAGUUUAUGGAUGUUACGAAAUGAGUCUUGGAUGGUGAUAAGAGUCUUCUAAAAGUCCCACUUUAAGCUAAGAAGAUAUAUAUUUUAUGUUGUUGAAAAGAAAACUAUUCAGAACGAUUUCAGGGCAAAGAGCGUCUAAUCAGAUUAUAUAAAUAGAUGGUUAAUUUAGGGGAUAUUAUAACACAAAUCAAAGCAUAGAAAGCACUUUCACAUCAGUAAACCUACAUUUACAAAUAUAUCUGCAGCAGAUACUUUGAAGCGCAGGUCAAAGCCAUUGAAAUAGAGUAUAUCGCUGUAUCAAAGUUGUUUUCCCCUUUAGCAAAUAAGUUUUAUUCUUCAACAUGUUAAGUGCCAUGACCUACAUUUCAAACUUCUAUGACAAUUUAGACAGACCUCUGGCACUUUUUUUGUUUAAUCAUUAUUUUAUUGUUCAGUCUGCCAUGUUUACAGUUUAAGCAGUGCCUUGGAGUGGGGAAGGCGAGAAGUUUGAGGAUGGGUUCGUGAGCCACAUCCCACCCACCUACACUUGUCUCUUACUUGAAAUCACGUGAAGAAGAGGCACAGCCAUUUUUGCUCCCUCAUUUACGACAAACAUCCUGUGCCAGUUAAGUGCACUUACGUGAAAUCCGAAGAGAUCUUUUUUGACACUAAAAUGAAACGAUCCGUGAAAAAGGAAGAUAGCAUGUGUCCGGUUAAUCCAGUGCCACAUGCAGAGGAUCGACCCGCAGUGGGAGCCAGUAUAGAGAAAAGCCAUACGUGUGAAUCGUGUUUUGUAGAAGACGACUUAGUACUUGUGCACAGAUGAGAGGAAACUGUGUGCGAUGUCUGCUCAGAAAGCGUCGGUUCUCGCAGCAAGGAUGAGGUCAGCGCUUCUUACUUUAAUGAUGUUAAUUGUUCAAUCUUGUAGUGGGGAAAGUAGCUUGAUUCUAAUAAGUCUAUUUUAUAAAAUGUGUAAAUUAGUCUAUAUUGAGAAAUAAAAGUGAAUGUACAUCUAUAAGACAGAUUUGUAUUUAUAUAGAAAUGUGUACCGCUCUAGUAAUCAAAGCACAAUGUAUUUAAGGUAGAGAGAUCAAUAAGAGAGAUGGAGGGUCACUCGGCGGUCGUUAGAGUGAAGCGAGUCAUCUGCUGAGACAGAUGCGUGUCUAUGGACAAACUUGGAGUUAGAGUUUUUCAGACAGAUUCUGGUGAUCAGAAGAGUCUGUGGUGACUCAUAGAUUUGUGAUGGACUUUUGGUGUAAAUUGCCUGUGUGAGGUUGACGGGCUGUUAAUAUGUUCAGGGGAUCAUCAGUGGUGACAUCAGUGAAAGAGCAACGGCUCUGUUAUGAGCUUAUUGGCUUUUGGCUUCUGGAUUUUAUCCAUAAAGUAAGUGACAGAUGUAUCAGUCAAUCACUAUUAUAUACAAAGACACUGGUCUGUUUUUUAGUUUCUUUGACGUUUUUUUUCACAAUGGCAUUCAGUUGAAGUGUUGCCCCCAAAAAAUGUAAACAUAUAUAGCUUUAAUAAUAAAUCCAAUAAAAUGCACAGACAUUGAUUUCUUUUUAAACGUUGAAUCAGCUUGAUCGCUUUCAUUAAUCACUGGUCACAGACCUCUCCCUUAACACAUACUUUUUCCCACAGACUAUUCAUAAUAUUUCUACCUUGGCUGUGGUCCACAUGCUCAGUGUGGGUCAUUAAACUUUAUUUGCAUCUAAAAACGAUGAAUAAAAUGGCUAAACUCACAGAUUUAAGCUGCUAAAUACUUUAUUGCUCAAUAUAAAUCGAACAAGAAUAAACACAUUUAAAAGAAGGAAUUCAUUUGAAAACCAUUGCACCUUAUUGUAUUUGAGUAUUUUUCUGGAUAGCAAUUGAAGUGAAUUGUUGGACUCAAGAAAAACAUGACAGGCAGGUUGGCAUCAUUUUAUUUUUCACCCAUAAAGACACUCAUCUCAAAUCCGUAACUAAUGCCUUGAAGAUUUUAGUCAGAGAUGUAACAGCAUGUGAAUCGUUUGACUUAAGAAGGCGCUUCUGAAUAUUACGCUUGUCUAAUUUUCUGCAGCAGAAAUGAAAAACACAGAAGACUGGAUCUGAUUGUCUAAUUCUCUAGAAGCACCUUAAGGUGUGAAAAGUGCUUUUUUUUUCAUUCUGUGCCAAGAGCCAUUAAAAGAAUAAGAUUUUCAGCAGAAUUUUUAUGAAAGUAAGAGGCACCACCGAGUUGGAGGUGGAGCACUGAAGGUGUAGAUGAUGUUUCUCUUUUCUAAGCAAUACAAGCAUUUGAACAAAUCUAAAACCAGGACAGUGCAUCUCAGUGUGACGUGCAGGAGGCGACCCUCCGGUGGCAGACUGACUGUCGGCUGGUUUUUGUCUCGCUUGUUACAGGAAUAAUCUGUUCUUUACUUUUGUUUGUAAUCGCAACAGAAACGACUGCUUCUCUCUUGACGGUCAAGCUGUUGGGAUGCUUGCUCUUGUUCUGCUGUUGUGAAAUCCCAGAAACUGCCUUCAUAAACUUAACGCAUCGAUAAAUGGAUGAUCGCCAAUAUUCGUAAUGAGGCAUAGCUUGUAUUUCUUAUCUAUAACGUAUGAGUGGAUUAGCAGCUCUAGCUGGGAUUGAGGCAGAUUGAACUCGUAAGUGUCGUGGAUCUUUGGACAGAACUACAAUAUCUAAUCUUCUUUUUUCAAUACGUUUUUUUUUUUUUUUUUUUUUUAAAGACGUAAACAUCUUUGCAAUGUUUUAGUGUGUGUGCGCGCGUCUGUGUUACUUGUGAGAGGUUAACUCCCGAUUGUAUUUCAUAGACUGAUCAACUUCAAACUUUCAAAAGGAUUGUGUUGAAUGAAUUCAUGUCUUACUACAGAAUUGUUUGAAAAAUAAAAUGCAUUGAUCUCA